CUGUGAUUAAAAACAGAUCGUUGGGAAUCUUGCGGUGUGCGCCCCAACUCCGUUGUGCGUUGCAUGCAUUGCCAAGUUACAAUAUUUGUUAGCUACCUAACGUACGGAGUGUUCAGCCACGGGCUGCACAUAAUGAUGCCGAGAAUGCAUAGUUGCCUAUGCUGUCCAUCAAAAGCAUUGCUAUGCGAAGUUCGCGCGUAAACGCCUCCAUGUCUCUCUAGCUGUCAAUAGUCACUAUCAUGCGUAAGGUUAUGUACAAUCAGUGGCUCAUGACGAUUCUCCUUAUCGGAACCAGCUUGUCCAUAAGAAGACACCUUAGGUGGUUGAGGGUUCAUAGUUCACAACGUACUGCGACAAUAGUGUCCACGGGAUUCCUCAGGCCAGCUACUCGUGUCUUGUCUUUCGAAGCGGGAAACCCAUCAAUAAAUACAAGCCAUUAUACAAUGCUAUGAACUUUAUGUCUCUUAGUGGUUU